UGCAGACUGUUGGCUUCAACUAAUAGGAUACUUAAGCAAGAAAGAAGGCAAACUCAGAUCUCAACGUCCAAAGUAUCAGGUGGAAAUUUCGUCGGAAAAUGUUCGCAUUUUCAAUCUUUCUUACAACUGUCCACUUCCACAUUUUGGUCGAAAUGCAGGAGAUAUAUGAUUUCCCCAAGCCAAUAGUAUCCCUGAAUCCAUCAUAUGGAGUGUUUUUGGAAGGAGAGGCAACAUCAGUGAAUUGUAGCUGCCAAUGUCCAGUCACAAGGGUACAAUUUUUUUACAAUUCCAUAUGUCAUCACAAAGAUCUUCAUGAAGGACAAUGUGAAACAUCUUUACCGUUAACACCCUUAAACAGAGGCAAAGCAAGUUACAUGUGUGAAUGUUUAUUUCUGUUGGAGAAUGGAACAUGGAGAAGAUCAGGAUUGACUGAUCCUGUUCAGAUACAUGUCGGAGAUCAACUCUCCAAACCGAAUAUCAAAGCGUUGUCAGAUUCCGAUGCCAAUUCAAGCAGGGACAUUGUAUCGAUUUCCUGCCAAGGUGAUAUUCGGCCCAGUGGAGGAAUAUUCUCCUUUUACAAUAGUCGGAGGAAAGAUUUUAGACAGGAAUAUCAUGUGACUGGUCUUGAAGAUACUGCGGUCAUUACCAUCAACAUCCAUGAACAUUCCUCUGCAGGAAACUACAGUUGUCGAUAUAAAACAGAGGUAAACGGACGUUCCAUUCUUUCCCCGUUCAGCCAAUCUGUUUCAGUCACAGAGAAAAGAAAGGACGAUCACACAUCAAAAGCUGCCCAGAAGAGAUUAUAUAUGUUCGUCGGACUGGGAUGUGCUGCUGUGAUCAUUGUUUUACUUGUGGUGCUGUGCCUUCUUAUUGUCAAGAAAGGUCAGAAUAAACGUCAAAAUAUUCCGAGGACUGCAUCCACAGCAGUUCAAAUUACAGACAGCAAAGACCAAGAUGGCAUUUACGACAACGCCAACUUGAUCUAUUGCAACUCCAUGGGCGAGUAUUCCAAAGUACACGACAACAAUUGUGAGAGCGUUACUUAUGCUGCGUUGAACAUAGAAGUUUCGAAUCAAAAUACAUCUGCCUCUGUCGUCAGGGAAGAGCUGUGCAUGUAUAUGGACGUGAAAACAUAACAACGUUUUCACCGCCCCCCACCCCUUCAUCGCCAUUGCUUCCUUUGUCUGUCAUGUUGUUUACUGAAGCACAACCGGUGAAUCAAUUCAAUACCCCAUCCUCCUUUACAUCAACUGACGCAGCGAAAAUCCGCUCCUGGUUCCCCGAGUUCUCAAAGUCUCUUUGCAACAUUUCCUGGAUUGAAAAUAAAGCAAAACAUUCCCCUCCGCUCCCAGAUGAACCAGGCUUGACGACGAGACAGAGAGUAAAAGAUAGAGAUAGAAAUAGAUAGAUAGAUAGAUAGAGAGAGAGAUCACAAAGAUUUUAAUUUCUGCUUAAGAGUUGCUUCUGAAGGUUUCCAUCUCAAUAAGCAAUGUCUACGCCAAAGGGAUCCAAUGCUGCGAAGGUUCAUGUCCGUCAGAACAUUCGAGAAUUAUUAGACAGCAGAAAACAAUUCAGAACACGUGAAAGCAUGCAGAUACGCAAGAAAAUUACAG